AUGUCUAGAGAAGAUCCUAUUAAGGCUGAAAAAGAUUUUUCUGAAACUCUUGAAGAGCAGAUCCCUCUCAUUGAGAAGACUUCUGAUUACAAACAAGCUAUCGAGAAGUACUUGGUGUUGGAAAAGCAAAUCCGUCAAUCUUCAGAUUUGGCUCUGAGUAAGAAGAUCUUAAGCAAAAUUGUUGAUACGCUAGUCCAUAAUGAUGAUUGGGACUACUUGGAUGAAUUAAUCACGCCUUUGUCAAAGAAACAUGGCCAACUCAAGAGCUCCAUUCAACUGAUGAUUCAAGAGAUCAUCAAGAGCCUCGAAACGUUAGAUAACGACAAGCCUGUGCAAUUAGAGAAGAAGAUGAAGAUUAUUGAAACUAUUCGUACGGUGACUGAUAAGAAGAUCUUUGUGGAGGUUGAGAGGGCGGUCGUUUCCAAGAUGUUGGCUGAAAUAUACUUGGAGAAGAAGAAUGACUUGGAUAAGGCCGCAGAUAUCUUAUGUGACUUGCAGGUCGAGACAUACUCGUUGAUGCCUUUUGAAGAGAAAAUUGAGUACAUUCUCGAGCAAAUUAGGUUGACAUUGCAAAAAAAAGACUUUGCACAAGCAAAGAUUUUGAGCAGAAAGAUUCUCUUAAAAACGUUGAAAAAUUUUGAAAGGGCCGACAUAUUUAAGGCAACGUACUUGAAGUACUUACUAGAGAUCAACAAACAUGAGAAUGACUACAUCAUGGUUGUCAACAACUCACUUCUCUUGAUAGAGAUCCCACUAGUCAAGGAAUCUUCAGAAUACAAGGACUUGCUUGUGUCCAUCAUCUACUACAUCAUUCUAUCGCCAUUCGAUAACCUUCAAUCCGAUUUGAUUCAUAAAAUCAAGCUCAACACUGCUUUUUCUAAGAAUGUGGAUUCUAAGGUGUUCAAGCUUUUGGAAAUUUUCACAACAAAUGAGCUCAUUCACUCUGAAAAUAUCGAAAUGGAAUAUCGUGAAAACUAUCUUAAUAAGUCACCUGUUUUUGCUGAUAACGAGACGAACAACACAAACUUACAGAACAGAAUUAUUGAGCACAAUUUGCGUGUAAUCAACAUGUACUAUCUGUUUAUCAAGUUAGAUCGGUUGGCUUAUUUGUUACAAGUCAGUUCACAAGAUGCGGAGGCACAUGUCAGUGGUAUGGUAAACAAAGGUAUGAUCACCGCGAAAAUCAACCGUCCCCAGGGUAUUAUCAAGUUCGACAACUUGAAACAUGGUACUAGUGCCGGCGCUGCUCAGAUUACCAGUAAUAGUGAGAACAUCAAUGAUUUGUUGAACAACUGGAUAUCUGACGUUGACAAGCUAUUGGAAGAGGUCGACAGCAUUGGUCACUUGAUUAACAAGGAGGAAAUGAUGUAUGGUUUUAAGCAAAACCUGUGA